GUUUUUCUGCUCUUCCACCGUCCUCAUGACAUCACUCUCUCUCCCGCAUUUCCUGCCUCACCGUCUCCGACUGAAUCACCGGAGGAGCCAAUGCAGAUGUUGUUUGUCUUCCACAACGAAUGAAUCUUCCACGGCGGUUGUGUGGUUCAAGCAAGACCUUCGUGUUGAUGAUCACCCUGGCCUAAUCGCCGCGUCCAAACACAGAGAAGUCAUACCUCUUUACGUCCUUGAUCGUCGCAUUCUCUCGCGAUACACAACGGAGACUCUAGAGCUAGCUAUUAUAGCAUUGGAAGAGUUGAGAAGUUCCUUGAAGAAGCAAGGUUCAGAUCUUAUGCUUAGAUACGGUAAUGCAGAGAAUGUUAUAGAAGAUCUUGUCAAAGAGGUGCAAGAGCCCUUUGUUUUUGCUGAAGAAGAGGUAGAACACCAUCUUUGUGAGGUCUUGGAAGAUGUUAAGAAGAAAAUUGAUGGCGAUUCGUUUCCUGGAGAAUCACCGAGGGUUGUUUUGUGGAGGACUCCUUUUUAUGAGACUCAAAGUUUGUCGGAUCUGCCACAUUCUUGGGAAGAGUUUAAGAAACUAAAGCUUCCUGUAACUGUGCCAGUUCCUGCACCAAGAUUACGAUCUCCAGAAAGUGAAUUGCAGUGGGGUUCUGUGCCAACACUUGAUGACCUGAAGGACUAUAUGAAGGAAAGCUUAUGCGAAAAAGAAAAGAGCUGGAGGGAAAUAGCACAUGCAUCUGCAGAAAGAAUAUUAAUGAAAAGGAACUUGAAAGGGAACAAUAUGGAGCCAAAUGUUGAUGGAUUUUUAGGGAAGAAGGUGCAGAACUCUGCUUUUAUCACGACAAAUAGAGAUACUAUUGGAGGUGGAACUGAGGCUGUACUGAAUGGAUUAGCAGGAUACUUGAGGUACUUGGAGGGUACAAGUAGAGAUGACUGGCAAGAGGUUCAUGCAAGGCUACGUGAUGCUGAGAUUAGGCCAGGAGCUUCAUUUUUCAAACUUUUUGGACCUGCUCUCUGUCUUGGUAUUGUAUCCAGAAGAAGGGUUCACUCUGAAGCAAUAGAGUAUGAAAAAGAAAGGAAUGCUGGGUUUAUUUCUCCUUUUGGAUACUCAGCUUCUACAGUAUCUGCUGCUGCUGAUGCUGUGUGCUCUAUGGAGUGGUAUUCACUUAUGGCUCUAAAUAAAGAGAUGACUGAUGAUAAAAGGAUUUGGAGAUGGAAGGGCCAUCUUAUUCAGUACACAGUGGUUGGUAAUGAAGGCCCUGCUGUUCUCCUUGUGCAUGGAUUUGGUGCUUUUCUAGAGCAUUACCGUGACAAUGUAGACAACAUAGUAAACAGCAAAAACCGAGUAUGGACCAUCACAGUCUUGGGUUUUGGAAAAUCAGAGAAGCCAAACAUCAUUUACACUGAGCUUUUAUGGUCAGAAUUGCUGCGGGAUUUUAUGAUUGAAGUGGUUGGUGAACCAGCACAUUGCGUUGGGAACUCAAUCGGUGGUUACUUCGUUUCAUUAAUGGCAUUUCUUUGGCCAGACUUGGUUAAGUCUGUUGUCCUUGUUAACAGUGCUGGCAAUGUGAUACCUGGUUACUCUCCUCUCCCAAAAUCUAUAGAAAGGCGAGUUCCAUUUGGUGCACCACUUGGUGCUAGACUUCUUAUCUUGUUCUUACGGUUCAAUGUCAAAAAGCUAUUGAAGGAUUGCUAUCCAGUUAAACCUGAGAGAGCUGAUGAGUUUUUGAUCACAGAAAUGCUAAGAGCAUCCCAAGAUCCAGGUGUGGUUAUGGUCCUGGAAAGUAUCUUUGGCUUUGAUCUUUCACUUCCUUUGAAUUAUCUCCUCAAAGGGUUUGAGGAAAAAACUCUAGUAAUACAGGGAAUGAAAGAUCCCAUAUCUGAUCCGCGAAAGAAAGUGGCCUUAUUGAAGGAGUUCUGUCCAGGAAUGGUGAUUAAACAAGUCAAUGCAGGUCACUGUCCCCACGAUGAGAUCCCAGAGGAGGUGAAUUAUAUCAUCUGUGAAUGGAUUGCCAAUGUUAACAACGAUGAACAAGAAGCACUUAAAAGCCUCAUCGCAGCAGACUUGCCACAGUAAACAAAAUUAAGGAUUUGGUGAGCAGAAAGCAAUUUCAUUGUGGUGAUAAUAAGACAUUAGAAUGCAAACUAAUUCCUACAUGUAAUCAAAAGAUGCAUGACUAGUUUAAAAGCAAUACAAAGGAACCAUUACUAAGAAAGAAAAAGUGAGAAAAG